UCAUGGUUCAGGACCCUGUGACCGCAGAUGAACACAGCCGAUGCUUCCGGCAGUUCUGUUACCAGGAGGCCGAUGGGCCCCGAGAGGUUUGCAGCCGGCUCCACGGACUUUGUAAGGACUGGCUGGAGCCAGAGAGGCGCACCAAGAAGGAGAUGGUGGACCUGGUGAUCCUGGAGCAGUUCCUGGCCAUCCUGCCGCAGGAAGUGCAGGGCUGGGUGAGAGGAUGCGGGCCAGAGACCAGUUCCCAGGCAGUGGCCCUGGCCGAAGGUUUCCUCCUGAGUGAGGCAGAGGAGAAGAGGCAGGCAAGGCAGAAGUGGGGGGGAUCCGUGAAGGUGGAAAGAAGCUUCUCUGAGGCGGAAGGAGCUCUGUCAGAGGAAGGCCAGAGGGCGCAGACCCAGGAGCGUGCCCAAGAUGCCCCAUCAAGUGGCAGCGAAAAGACGUUAUCGAGCCCUUUUCUCUGCAGAGAAGUGGAAACGCCUCCUCAGCCUCUGGUCCAGUGUCCAUUUUCCUUUGAGGAGGUGGCCAUGAAUUUCUCUGGGGCGGAGUGGAGCCUGCUGGAUCUGGACCAAAAAACCCUCUACAGAGAAGUCAUGCUGGAGAGCUGUGGGAGCGUGGCUUUUCUGGCAGAUGUAGAGGAGACUGCUGGGGAAUUCCAGGGGUUCUCUUUGGGAAUAGUCAAGAAUGAAGAUGCUGAAGAAAACUCUGGAGAUGGACCACAGAGGCAGGAGGAAAGCCACGCAGGAGGACGACACUGA